AACACCACCUUGCUUAGGAAUCAAGUUUCUCUUUUACAUAUAAUACAUAUAUAACUCUCUGGCUUUUCAUGCAGGAGAAGCAAGCCCUUCACUAGAAAAGCGACCUCUUAACUUUUACCAAAGCCGAAAUUAUAUCCACAGAGAGAGAGAGAGAGAGAGAGAGAGAGAGAGAGAGAGAGAACCUGAAGGAUCUGAGGUGUGGAGAGAUGAGGCCGACCCUUCACUUGAACCAGAAGAUUAGAAGCAGAAUAUCAGUCUCUUUCAUCCUUGUCUUCAAAGCAAAAACAGCACCAGAAACACAGUUCAUAGCUCAUCUGUCUCAAACCCAUCACAGUUUUUCCACUUUCAUAGCAUCAUAUCAUAUCGACACGCUCUCAAGAGAGCUUCCAAAACAGUCAUAUGGGAACGGUCCAAACCCCAAUUGGAAUGAGAAGCUCCUCAUUGUUAGACACUUCAUGUGGAUAUCUGCUCAGAGAAUUACAGAUGAUAUGGGAUGAAGUUGGGGAAGGCAAGUUUGAGCGAGAGAAAGUGUUGUUGGAUAUAGAGCAGGAGUGCGUAGAGGCUUACCGGAGAAAAGUCGAUCAGGCCAAUAUCUCAAGGUCUCGUCUGCAUCAGGAGCUUGCGGAAUCUGAAGCCGAACUCACCCAUCUUCUAUUGUGCCUCGGUGAAAGAUCGGUGCCUGGAAGGCCCGAGAAAAAGGGAGGAACGCUGAAGGAGCAACUAGAUUCCAUUGCACCUGCACUGCGUGAGAUGCGGCUGAAGAAAGAAGAGCGAGUAAAGCAAUUUCGAGCAGUUCAAGGAAAAAUUCAGAAAAUUUCUGCAGAGAUUGCAGGUAGAUCAGCAUAUGAUGACUCUUCUACGAAUAUAACCGUGGACAUGAAUGAUCUUUCUCUAAAGAAACUCGAAGAAUAUCAAAUUGAACUAUCAAGGCUCCAUGAUGAGAAGAGUGCGAGACUACAGAGAGUUGAAAUAUACAUAUGUGCUAUUCGAGAUCUAUCAACGACCUUAGGAACGGAUGCAUCAAUGACAGUAACAAAGGUUCACCCGAGCCUGAAUGAUCUCUAUGGAAUAUCCAAAAACAUAAGCGAUGUUAUCUUAGAAAAGCUCAAUACCAUUGUUGUUUCUCUUGAAGAGGAGAAGCGGAAGCGCCUUGAGAAGCUUCACCAACUCGGUAACGCUUUAUCAAACUUGUGGAAUCUAAUGGAUGCUCCUUAUGAAGACCGUGAAAAGUUUUCCAAUCUAAUGGAUUUGCAAGCACUAUCACCGUCGGAAGUGUGGGCUCCUGGCAGCCUUACCUUAGGCAUAAUUCAGCAGGCUGAAGCUGAAGCCAAGAGACUAGAUCAACUGAAAGCAAGCAAAACCAAAGAAAUUUUCCUCAAGAAGCAAAAUGAGUUAGAGAACAUAUGCAACAGAUCACAUAUGGAGACCCCAUCAACUGACAUGGGAAACAUUAUGAACCUUGUAGACUCUGGGGAAAUUGACCACGCCGAUCUUCUCAGCACCAUGAAUGAAAAGAUAGCAAGAGCAAAGGAAGAAGCAUCUAGCAGGAAAGGAAUAAUCGAAAAAGUGGAAAAGUGGAUAUCAGCAUGUGAUGAAGAGCGCUGGCUGGAAGAAUACAACCAGGACGAGAAUCGUUACUCAGUAAGUAGAGGUGCUCAUAGAAACCUAAGACGUGCAGAGCGAGCCCGCAUAACAGUCAGUAAAAUCCCUGGUUUAGUGGAGUCUCUGAUGGUAAAGACUAAGGGCUGGGAGGCUGAAAGACAGAAAAUCUUCUUGUAUGAUGAGGUACCCCUCAAUGCAAUGUUAGAAGAGUACAACAAGCUGAGGCAGGAAAAAGAAGUUGAGAAACAAAGGCACCGGGAGAUGAAAAAGAUCCUUCCAGAAGUUGUUAAGGAGCCAGAGAACUUUAACGUGCCACGGCCAACCAGCAGCAACCGCCGGAUUCUAAAUCGAAGCUUAAACGGGAGUUUUGGCAGUGCAAGUCAUUUGAACAGAAAGGUUUCUUCGGGAAUCCAACAGUAUGGGUCGAACAUCAUCAAUUCAACAGCUCUAGGAACAUCCAUCGGAAAAGAAGGCAGAAGGAUUCAAGCAUCACAAACACCCGCCCGGUUCAGUCUCGCUUCUCAUCUUCGCAAUGAAAGUGCUUCUGUUGUCUCGAUGUUUUCAGGUCCAUUGUCUCCUUGAACUCAUCAUGUUUCAUUUGAAGCAGUUAUAUCAUGUAACAAGACUAAAUUGUCACUUUCAAAAACAAAUUAAAGUAUGUCUUAAACCCACCUAUAUAUAGUCUUUCUAAGA